GUCUUCACAGGAGGCGCAUUAGCAUUUACCCCAGGCAGGGGGUUGGAGCGGCGCGGUGUCGAUGCUUGCAGCAUCCCGGCGCCUCGAAGGUCUACUCCGGAAUCCACUUGGCUUUCUUUCCCUUCCUUAGUCCCUCCCCUCCCCUCCACGCCCGGCUUCCUUGGCUGGCUGUCUCCGCGCACUUUACCCUUCGCUGGCAGCGGACAAAAGGUGUCUGAGGAAAUCCUGAACACGGUCAUCCCAUCGCCUGCUCUGGCCUUUAAAUUGCCAGCCCGGGAAGGUCUGCGCACAGCCAGGUCAGGCUGAGCACCCAUCCCUCCCGCCGGAGAGGAGCGGAGGUUUCCGAACGCAGCGCCGCCGACCGCCCUCCGUCCCGGGCUCCGGAACCCAAGUCCGCCCUCGGUCUCAGUGCUGGGAAAGUGAGGCCAGCAGCCCACAGCCACGAUGCCGGCCCACAUGCUCCAAGAGAUCUCCGGUUCUUACACGGCCACCACCACCAUCACGGCGCCUCCUUCCGGAAACCUGCAGAACGGACGAGAGAGGCUGAAGACGGUGCCCCUCUACCUGGAAGAAGACAUCCGCCCGGAAAUGAAGGAAGAUAUCCACGACCCCAGCUACCAGGACGAGGAGGGGCCCCCGCCCAAGCUGGAGUACGUCUGGAGAAACAUCAUCCUCAUGGCGCUGCUGCACGUGGGAGCCCUGUACGGGAUCACCCUGGUUCCCUCCUGCAAGGUCUACACCUGGCUCUGGGGGAUUAUGUAUUAUGUCAUCAGUGCCCUGGGCAUCACAGCCGGGGCUCAUCGCCUGUGGAGCCACAGGACUUACAAGGCCCGGCUGCCCCUGAGAGUCUUCCUCAUCAUCGCCAACACCAUGGCUUUCCAGAAUGAUGUGUAUGAAUGGGCCCGAGACCACCGCGCCCACCACAAGUUCUCAGAGACGCACGCCGACCCCCACAAUUCCCGGCGGGGCUUUUUCUUCUCUCACGUGGGUUGGCUGCUGGUGCGCAAACACCCAGCUGUCAAAGAGAAGGGCGGGAAGCUGGACAUGUCUGACCUAAAAGCCGAGAAGCUGGUGAUGUUCCAGAGGAGGUACUACAAGCCUGGUCUCCUGCUCCUGUGCUUCAUCCUGCCCACGCUGGUGCCCUGGUACUGCUGGGGCGAAACUUUCCAGCACAGUUUGUAUGUUGCCACGUUCCUGCGCUAUGCCUUAGUGCUCAACGCCACCUGGCUGGUGAACAGCGCCGCCCACCUCUACGGCUACCGCCCCUACGACAAGAACAUUGAAUCUCGGGAGAACAUCCUGGUUUCCCUAGGUGCCGUGGGCGAGGGCUUCCACAACUACCAUCACGCCUUCCCCUACGACUACUCUGCCAGUGAGUACCGCUGGCACGUCAACUUCACCACGUUCUUCAUCGACUGCAUGGCUGCCCUCGGCCUGGCUUACGACCGGAAGAAAGUAUCUAAGGCCGCUGUCCUAGCCAGGAUUAAAAGGACUGGAGAUGGGAGCCACAAGAGUAGCUGAGUUUUGGGCUCUUGAGUUCUUGUUCCAAAAGUUAUCUGGGUCGAGAUUUAAUAACCUGUUGAUUAACUAUUGGAUAAUGCUACCAGGAUGUUAACCUAUUCCAGUACAGUAUUCUUGUAAAAUGAGAAAGCUUUGAUCACGUCGUGAGGUAAUUCAUAUUUUAAUUAGCUAGAAUUAACCAUGCCACAAUCUAUAUAUUUUUAAACAUAUACACGAUAAAUGCAUAUACAAUUUUACGCAUCAGUUUUGAAUAAUAACCAUAAAUUUGAGCGUUCUAUACAGAGUAUUAAAAGCCAACACACGUACUGUUUUGAUGCUGAGGUGAUGAGCACCUCGCUCGUUCCCUUGUCUGCAUUGCAUCUUGCUUUGUUUCUUUCCUCUCUCACCACCUCCCAGGCGAACAGACAGCUAACCGCUGGUCCAUGUCACCUCCCAAGCCCAGGCAACUCGCCUGGAUCUGAAAUAAGGAUCCUUCCUCUUAGAUACUUCUUUCCUUGUUCUGAGCUUGGAGCCUGCUGCCUCAAACUAGAAACAGAACAAAGCCUCCAUGGAAGUUCCCCGCUUGCAAACUUCACUGCAGGCUUUGCUUGAUGGAAUGGGAACAUGAUCUUGAUUUGAUACAAAGCAAGUAGAUUGUCUAGAGAGUGGAGUUAGCAAAAAAUGGUAUGGCCCGCAAGGAGGGGUGGGAGAGAGAGAGAGAAGAUCAGGCUCCUCCGCACAGCAUGCCUCCUUUGGGCCUGUACUCUGAACCACAGAGCUUGGUGAGACUGGAAAAAUCAAGUCAGCGUCAGACUGAAGAGGAGUAAUGUAUGGUCUGUGCUAGCUGAUGGUUUUAGCUUUUAGUAACAUGAAGAUUUCUUCAUAGAAGAAAAAAAUCUUCCUGUUAAAUCUUCACUUGGAACAGGAAAGUAUUUCACUAGGAAAAAGUGAUGCUAAAGAAAAAUUGAAGGAUAAAAGGAGUUUUAUCCUGGCAACUGGGUUGCCAGUUUCUCUCAUGGCUGGACAGGAAGUGAGGUUGAGGGCAGCAUCUGUCGGUAAGGAUUUCCAAAUGAGGCUCUUGGGGAACACACUGCCAGGGAUCCGGAAGGUGUAGGCUCCAUCUGUUACUCUAAUCUCCUUGGAUUGAGUAGAAGCUGGGCUUCUCUGGUGUUGAACCUUCCCGGCAUUCUUUGCUCUGUGGCCAUCCAGCCUGGCUCCCUCUCUCUCCCUGGACUGGCAGGUAGUUGUCUGUUUUAAGAGCACUCAGGACUUGCUGCUGUCCAGGAACAUUUCCUCCCACAGUGUUCAUGGGCGAGGAACGGCUGUGUUGCUUCAGCAAGCAGAGCCAGGUGCCACUUUCCUGAGGCCUCCAGAUCCUCUCUACCUCCACCCCUUAUGUGCCUCCGCCACAGUGAUCUCAGAAAAGCUUGGUAGGCCCUCUAGCAACAUCCUUGGUUCAGAGUGGCUGUCUGGCUUGUGAGUUAACAGCUCGGCCAAAGGCUCGCGUUGUCUCGGCGAGGUAACUGCUGAACGAGAAGGCUGAUCAUUGGUCUUCUCUGUGUGGGUCAAGGUAGACCGCAUGCUUUCCUCUCUGGCUGAUCCGUGCAGGCAGGUGGUGGUACAACGCUUAUGAAAGGAAGAGGUUCCCUGUGUCUCCAUUAAAACACCAGAAUCAUUGGCAAGAGCCCAGGACCUCACUUCCGAAAAAGUCCUGCUAUCUGGACCCAGGGAGGGAGGCAAAGCUUCAACUGAAACAUGGUAUCUAAGGUGCCAUGAACUAACAAACACUAUCCCACAGCCCAGGGCAGACAAUGGUAUAGAAAAGUGUAGAAGAAAACAGCACAUCAGUAUUUUGGAACCAUCAACCUCUCCUGUGCCUGAAGCCUAAUCCAAAGGCCUGGCUCCAAAUGCUCUGUUCACUUUUGCUCAGAUAAAAGCCUUUCUUCCUGUGUUAAUCGAGCACGUGCUUUGAGCUGUUCAGCGAAGUAGGAAAUCAUAGAGAAUCACUGGAUCUGCUGACCCAGCCUCUGGAAAUGCCUUGGGGGUGGUUUUGUUUUUCCAGGUCACAGGUGUCUGAUUUACGACAUGAACAAUAAAAUCAGCUUUCCUUCUCUUCUAAUCUUACUCCACGGAUCUGAUUCAGGCCAUGUCCCAACACAGAGCUAUACACAGAGAUCUCAGACUGAGGUCCCAGUGUCUGGAUGUUUAGGUAGAGUGUAAUGGAAUGUUUAGGUAAGGGACGAUUUCAGAGCCUCUGGAAGAUGGAGUUCUAACAGUUUCCAUAUAAGCGUGCUAAGAGCUUUGCAUGCCUUACCUCUUUCCUGAUCUAGAGGAGUCCAGCCUCAUGCCCUCCCUUAACCCUAAGACCCUGAAGGUAGAGUCGGUGUAAGCAAGAGGCUGGCCGGAGGACCAUCAGUACAGUGAUUUGCACAAAUCUUUUAUGGGCUUCAUUUUGGAAAUAUUUCCUGUGACUGUUUUUAGUAAAUGCUCGGAUUUGAUGGGAAGUGGAAAUAAUGUAUUUAAUUGUAUUAUCCUGUUGUUGUUAAAUGUGAUAAAGGCCAUGGCAGGGAUGUCUUCCCCUUGGGUUGCUAGUCUCUGGGCACUAUGUAGCUCAGGUGACCGGUGAGAAAGGUAGCAAAGCAAAGCCACAUCUGCUGCUGGCUUGCGCCAGGGCCUCUCUUAGCCAACUGGCUGCUCUCCUUCCUCUCACAACAAACGCACCCUAGAGAUGAGGUCUUUAGUCUCUCCUGUGCUCAGCGCCUGGCAGUCCCACGUCUCAAACACCAUCGUGAAGUAUCCAGAACAUCUGGAGGACACACACAGACUAUCACUCUGGGCAAGUCCUGAUAGAACAGGCUACUGAUAGCUACCUCACAGAGCAGUUUUGAGGUGACUAGAGUUUGUUUUUUUGUUUUUUUUUUUUUAAUUAUUGUUAAGCAUUUGGGGGUCUCAUUAGAGGUUCUCAAUGAGUUCUACAGAAGCAGAGUGCACCGUGAACUUUACACUCAUGCCAUCUCUAGUCUACAACUGCUCUUUCCAGAGGCUGACAGAACCCACUGGAGGAGUGGGCUAUGACCAAAGUACAAGACUACCUACUCACUGCCACGAAAACGGUGCAGGGAACCCCGCCUGCAUGACAGUUUCUCCUUUUUAUGUGGGGUAGUUAUUUGUGACCCAAGGGUAAUUUUGAUUAAUUUCCAUUAAUAUCAACUCUUGAAGCCUAGUUGUACUGAUUGAGAUUGUAUUUGUUCCUAAUAAAAGUGGAUAUGGCUGUA